AUGACCCGUAGGUCAGUUGAAGAACCUGUUAAAGUGGAAUCUUCAAGAACUUCAAGAAGGAAAACCCAAAAAAAAGAAAAGUUAGCUCCUACCAGUGAGCCCACCCAGCUGACAGUGGACGAUGUCAGUGACACCAGCAUCACACUGAAGUGGAGACCUCCAGAGAGGAUUGGUGCAGGAGGACUGGAUGGCUACAUUGUGGAAUACUGCAAGGAGGGUUCCUCAGAAUGGGUACCAGCUCUUCAAGGCCUGACUGAAAGGACCUCUUGUCUGAUAAGAGACCUGCCCACUGGGGAGAGACUCACUUUCAGGGUCAAGGCCAUUAACUUGGCAGGACCCAGCGAGCCAUGCACCAUGAAGGAGCCUGUGACCAUCCGGGAGAUCAUGCAAAGGCCAAAGAUCUGGCUGCCCCGUUACCUGAGACAGAAAUUUGUGAAGAGGGUUGGCGAGACGGUGAACAUUGUUAUUCCCUUCCAGGGAAAGCCUCGCCCUGUGGUCACCUGGCUAAAGGAUGGGCAGCCCAUUGAUCCAAAACAGAUCGGUAUCAGGAACAGUGAAGCUGACACCAUCCUGUUCAUCAGAUCUGCCGAGAGGCAUCACUCUGGAGAGUACCAAGUUAAGAUCCAGAUAGAGAACUGUGAGGACUCCGCUACCGUCUGUAUCCAGAUUGUGGACAAGCCCAGUGCUCCUCAGAAGUUGAAGAUUGUGGAAGUAUGGGGAUUCAAUGUGGCUUUAGAAUGGGCUACACCCCAGGAUGAUGGAAAUACUGAGAUAACGGGCUAUACCAUUCAAAAAGCAGAUAAGAAGACCAUGGAAUGGUUCACAGUCUUUGAACACUACAGACGUCUGAACUGUGUAGUGUCUGACCUGAUCAUGGGUAAUCAGUACCACUUCCGAAUUUUCAGUGAGAACAUGUGUGGACUCAGCGAAAAACCUAUAACAUCCAAGGACUUUGCAAGCAUACUGAAGUCAGGCACUGAAUACAAACCCCCCAAUUACAAGGAGCAUGAGUUUGGGGAGGCUCCCAAGUUUACGCAUCCACUUGUGAACCGCUCUGUGGUUGCAGGAUACAAUGCGACUCUCAGCUGUUCUAUUCGUGGAAUACCCAAGCCCAAGAUAACUUGGUACAAGAACAAGAUGGACCUGUCAGGCGAGGCUCGUUACAGGUCUUUCAGUAAGCAGGGAGUACUGACCCUAGAAGUGAGAAAGCCUAGCCCCUUCGAUGGAGGUGUCUACAGCUGCAAAGCCACGAAUGAACAUGGAACAGCAGAGACUGAAUGCAGACUGGAAGUCCGC